AUGCUUAUAAAUUUCAGAAAGCAUGUUGGAAAAACGCAGUUAUCGGCCGUUUCGUAUCAGUCGUUUACAAUUGAAACAAUGGUCGUCAUUUCUUGCUGUUGUAUUCGCGCUUCUCGCAUUUGUUUUUAUAUCUGCUGGGAUUUGGCUUCUUCUAAAUUAAAAAAAGCAGUUGCAUUGUAUUUAGUAUUUCUGUUUAUAAUGGCAGUUCCUCAUGUUUAUUGCUUAUAUCAUUUGAAGACAAUUCGAACUAAAUUAGUUUGGUCUAUCAAAGAACAAACUGAAGAGGUUUUGAUUAACUUAUACGGAUUUGAGCCUGAAUUCACAUCAGCAUGGGAUCAUUUACAAUCUCAAGGUGAAUGUUGUGGAUUUUCAGGUCCUCAGAUCUAUGCUUCUUCAAAGUGGAGAUACAGUCAUCCAAAUUCAUCGGCUUUAGUUGCCUUUGUACCCGACUCUUGUCGUACACUAAUGAGUUUAGAGGAACAAGUACUUCAGGACUUGAAAACAAAGUCAGAUAAUGAUGAACCAGGACAGAUAACUUUUCAGAAAGGAUGUGCAGAAUUCCUUUACUCACACAUAGAAUCUGUUAUAACUGGUGCAUUCGUAGUACCGGUUGUUUCUCUUGUGAUUGUAGCUUUCUCAUUUGUUCUUGGAAUUAUUGUAUGCAACUUCGUAGAAGUAGGAGAAUAUGUAUAA